AUGACAUUCAUCCGCGUUCAACUGUUUUUGGCCCAGUUCGACCAUUGCUUCUUUGCAGAAUUAUUGUUGUUCUCAUUCAGACUUGUCCUACGUUUCCCUAUUGAAUUCUCUCUAUAUAUUCGUGUUGGCUGUCUGUUUUUCAGUUCCGGAUGUUAUCAAUCCGACAUCCGAUCAUGCUGCAUGCUUGCACUUAGUGGGGAGGUCGACUGGAUAACUUUUACUUGGCUCACUCAUGGUCCGAAGUAUGCCUCUCCGACAAUUAUCAACAUCCUAGGAAUUGGUUUAGAAAUUUUCGUUUCUGAUACACUUCGCCAGCAUGUUAUAAGGAUAAACGAACCUUCUCUUACGACAAUUCGAACGAUCUCAAACUACCGAGGAGCGGAAGAUCGUGCAGUUUUCCUGUCUCUUGACCCAUUUCAUGAAUUGAGCAAGGCAUGGACAGAUAGGGGUGGUCAAGGUCCAAGGAAAGAUACAACCCCACAGUUACGUCUAGACAUUGGUAGUCGACGAAUGCGUGCCUGGAUGACCCCGGGACUCGCAACCUUCCAAGCUAGGACAAUCUUCCGAGGUUAG